AUGCCGGAGAUGAGAGAAUACCACGUCGCUCCUCUGGCGGCGGAGGACUCGGACAACGGCGACACCACGAUCACGGAGAUCAGCGUCGAGGUCGAUAUGGAAGUCUCCGUGGAGAUCUCUACCGCCACCACUGAGUAUCUCGACGUCUCGUCCGUUCCGAUUUUCAUUCCGGGGGACCAGACGGAUAGCGAUGGAGGUGAGGCCUGGAGCGCGAUGCCAGGAGAGGAUCUUGUCGGCAUGGAUAUCGGGGAGGAGAUGGGUAGUGGCGAGGCCGACGAGGAGCCCCGUGAGAUGGGCAGUUCGAUCGUCGAGGAGGAUUCUUAUACGAUUAUGGAUGAUUCGGGGUGCGUGGAAGCCGACGGGGGGAACUUGGAGAGAGAGGAGUAUGAGGAUCCGAGCACUGUGGUUCAUGGAGGGCUGCCGAGGGAGGUAUCAGUCUAUGAAGAGGUCAUUGACGAAGGAGCUUGUGACACCGAAGAAGAGAUCAAUGAUCACUCGCUCUCCGAUAACUCCGAUACGGAUAUGGGUCCUUCUGACGGUCGCAGCAGAAGUAGAGAAAGGGGCGAGGAAGACGCAGCUGAGUCAAAUGGAGAAUGCACGGAUGAGCAAAACGAUGAAUCUACAGAUGAGAACGAGGAUGACUACCGUGAAGGAUCAGAUGACGCAUCGGACGGUUCCGACGGCGCCAGCGGGUUCGAGGACUUGCCAGGAAGCAUCCGGGCCUCGAGAGAAUUCGACGAAUAUACGCCCGCAAUGAGCGAACAAGGCUUUUUCGAUUGCGAAGAAAGCUUUCCCGAAAGCAAGAUCGAAACUCAUGUGCUGAAUCUCGACUACAAAAAUGCAGACAGUAUUUGGUCUAACAGCAUGUUGCAGCGCAAUUGGAUCUCUAUGAAAGACGGCCUCAUCUGGAGCCCGAGAGAGGGAUUGAUGGUCUCAAUGCCUGUCGAUCGUAUUGAGAGAAAGAGGCUCGUCAUCAAUCUCUACCUUUACCUCAUUAAGCAGAUCUGGUUCGUUCACCUAGGCGACAACGACGGCAGUUGGGUUUUCCGCACUAUCCCCAUCGAGCUCUGGCGCCAAGUCUUCACUACUGGCGAGAGCAAGCAGCUGCAGAGAGCUACCCGCAAGAAAAUUCUCUACGACUUGAAGACUCGAGCGAUUGCCGUUGCGGAGGAGUGGCGCCUGCGAUUCGGCUUUCCCAAGAUCCCCGAGACGGCGAAGGAGGUUGAGGAGGCUCUGACCGAGGAGGCGCGCGCCGAGAGACUCCAGAUGAAGAUGCACUUUCUGGACGACGUGUCCCACUACGCGAGCGUGGAUCGGUGGAUCAAGUUUCUCUUCCGGAAUUUGAUGCACGCCGAUCGCUUGGACGGGAUUUUGAAGCUGGAGACUGGUGUUCGGUUCUUGGUCAUGGAGAAAAUGGUGUUCGUAACGGAAUUACCUUUCGUUGACAGCAUUCAAUGGUCGGUCACGACGCAAUACCAGAAAAUGAAGAGUGCUAAGAAUGCGCUGAAGAGUGUUUUCGAUCAGCAGCUGAGCGGAAUGCUGGGAAAUUUGAGGCUCAACGAGGGCCAGACAGAAACUCGGCGUUCAACAUGA